CCGAGUCCUUGUCUCUGACCGCUCUCGACGUCCUCGUCUGCCUCACCUAGCUCUACGCUCGCUGCCGCCCACCUGUCGAGUCUCGACGACAUGGCCACCGCACAGUUCACCGAGGCUUGGAUCGACGGCUUCGACGGCCACCACUUCUACACGCGCACCUACCCGGCCGUCGGCCCCACCAAGGCCGUCCUCGUCUUCGUCCACGGCUUCGCGGACCACAUCGGCCGCUACGAGGACGUGCACCCGCGCUUCGCCCAGCGCGGCAUCGCCGUCUUCGCGUACGACAUGCGCGGCUUCGGGCGCACCGCGCUCGACGAGACGCACCGCAGCGCGGACGAAUACUACGGCAAGACGAGCCGCCCGCUCGAGCUGUCCGACCUCGAGUGGUGGGUCAAGCACGUCGCGCGCACGAUGCCGAAGACCCCGAUCUUCGUCAUGGGCUACUCUGCGGGGGGUGGGAUGACCAUGGCGUUCCCGACGCGCCCGCACGCGCCCCCCUCGUCUGACACUGUCGCGCUCGUGUCUGGCAUUAUCGCGCAAGGCCCGCUCGUUCAUCUCACCUACCCCGCCGCGAAGGUCCUGCGGCUGAUCGCGCGGGGUCUUGGAAAGGUCGCGCCUUCGACUCCCUUCCCCGCCCCUAUGCCUGCAGAGCGAUUCUCGCGCAAUCCUGCGGUGGUUGAGGCGCUCGAGAAGGACACGCUGCGCAUGCCUCGGGGGACGGCGCGCGGCCUGGAUAAUAUGCUGACACAGGGCGAAGAGCUACUUGACGAGGGGUACAAGCGGUGGCCCAAGGAGUUGCCGCUCCUCAUGGCUUGGGGAACUGCAGAUGAGGUCAACUGCCCAAAAGCCGGUGUCGCGUUCUACAAUAAGCUCGACAUCAAGGACAAGAAGCUCAUCGAGUACGAGGGCAUCCUCCAUGACCUCCUCCACGAGGCCGGCGACAUCCCGGACAAGAUCCUGGAGGAGUACUUCACCUGGAUCGAGGCGCACCUGCACGUGCGCGCCAACGUUUGAAGUUCGAGUUCCCGUUCGCGAGUACAUUCCGCCGCCACCUCGGCCCCCUCGCUUUGUUCUUUGGUCCGCUUGCUGUAUGCGCGCACCUGUGGUACCGGGUCCGCCCGGAAGGACUCUGGUUUUGUGUUUGCUAUUGUACUUCGUACGCCCUUGUUGGUCUCGUGUUGUCGGAAUGCACUAGGAUAUAUAUAUUUUCAGGAC